UAUUAAAAUCAAAAUAUUCAAAACGCGGAACUCGUUCUUUCCUUGGAACGCUGUCGCUCCUCAAAACCUCUUUCUGAUUUUGGCUGCAAAAAUUUGUGCAAUACUUUGAGGGUUUUUUUAGGAGGGAAUCAAAUCAAUGCCGAAGGGUUUGAAGAGCAAGUGCGGGUCUGAGUCACACCAGUACUUGAAGGAGAAUGCCAAGAACCGGGUAAAUGACCUUGAAGGCGCAUUCAGUGACCUACAAUCGGCAAGGAAGGAGAGUCGAGCUAAUGACAUUGCACUUUUGGAGCAGCAAGUACAUCAGAUGUUGCGAGAGUGGAAAUCCGAGCUCAAUGAAUCGUCCCCAGCUUCUUCUUUAGUUGGUGGUAGUCUUGGAUCGUUUUCAGAGGAAUUAGCACGUUUUUUGCAAAACUGUGAUGAAGAAGAUGAUGCAACUAGUCCUUUAAAGGAACUGACACCAUUGAAGAGUGAAGCUGAUAAUCAAAACCUUCAUGCCAGAAAUUUAACUGCAAUUCAGGAGGAUAUUUUUGUUAACAAACAGCCCCAGGAACAUGGUUUUCAUGGAUUUGAUCAAUGCAGAGGCUCUGUUUCAAGUGUGCAGAACAAGGUGGUUAAUAGUUCAGGUUUUACUAAUUCUCAUCAUCUUGAUAUACGACAGGACGUCAAGCAGAACACAGCUGCUAACAACUCAGAUUCAAGUACAAAACGGGAUUUUCAUCAGUUAGAUUUACAUGAAGACUUAGACUAUGGGCUGCUCAUUGGAGCUAAUGGCACCAAACAGUGUGAACAGGAUGCUAUGCCCAACGUUCUGCCAAAUAUCUGCCCUCCACCUUCUGCUUUUUUGGGGCCAAAAUGUGCUCUAUGGGAUUGUUUCAGGCCUGCUCAAGGAUCUAAAUGGUGCGAGGACUAUUGCAGUACUGUUCAUGCUGUUCUAGCAUUAAAUGAGGGUCUCCCUGGCAUGACUCCAAUUUUACGACCUGGGGGCAUUAGUUUGAAGGAUGGUCCAUUAUUUGCUACUCUUAAUGCUAAGACACAGGGAAAGGAAGUGGGCAUCCCUCAAUGUGAAGGUGCUGCUAGUAGAAAAUCUCCAUGGAAUAAUCCUGAGCUAUUUGAUCUUGCUUUCCUUGAGGGUGAAACAAUUAGGGAGUGGCUCUUUUUUGACAAGCCCAGAAGGGCAUUUGAUAGUGGAAACAGAAAGCAAAGGUCAUUGCCUGACUACAAUGGACGUGGUUGGCAUGAAUCAAGGAAGCUGGUGAUGAAGGAAUAUGGGGGGCGGAAGAGGUCCUAUUACAUGGACCCACAACCUCUUAAGUGUCUCGAGUGGCAUUUGUAUGAAUAUGAGAUCAGCAACUGUGAUGCAUGUGCAUUAUAUCGGUUGGAACUCAAGCUUGUUGAUGAAAAGAAGAGUCCUAAAGGAAAAUUGACAACUGAUUCGCUUGCUGAUUUACAGAAGAAGAUGGGAAGGCUCACUGCUGAGGUUUCUGCUGAUAAUGGACACCUCAGUAAGGACAGGACGACGGCUAAUCAAAAGGCGGAUGCUGGAAAUACCAAUUCUGAUCAAAAUCAGAUCACCUCUACCUCUGAAUCCCCGAGUUAUGGGUUAAGUGCUCCAUACGGUUAUCAUGCUAGUACUUGACUGAAGGAGUCUUGCCUGCAUAUGGAAAAUAGUACAUAACAUGGAAAAGGUUUACAGCAGCUUGUAACUGUAGCAACUCCUCGAGUUGCUGAAGUAUGCUAACAUAUAAUCAAUAUAUUGUUUCUGGUCAUCAAGGGCGUGAACCCCACUUUUGUGAAUAUAUGGAGGUCUAGAGAAGGCAGGGCCGGAACCGGGGCCAGACCGGCCAUAUCAAAAUUAGGGUUUGGCCCCUCAUUCAAGCUUUGGCCCUUCCAAUAAGAUAUUCUGGUAGCUCAAAUGGUAGUUUCAUCGUUUGUAGUAAGAUGGAGAAUGGGGUAGUGGGUUCACGCGCUACUGGGUGUGUUAAUUACCAAUAAUAAUGAAAAAAGAUACAGAAAUUUUGAUUCCA